AUGGAAAAAGGGUUGUUGAUAAAGGAAACAAAGGAGGAGAACAGAGAAGAAGGUGGUUUUCAAAGAUGUGGUGGGUUUGUUCGAGAAGUGAAGAAGUUGGGUUACAUAGCAGGGCCUAUGGUGGCUGUGAAUCUGUCACAGUACUUUCUGCAGAUCAUUUCGAUCAUGAUUGUUGGUCAUUUGGGUCAGCUCUUUCUUUCCAGUACUGCUAUAGCCAUCUCCUUCUGUGCAGUCACCGGCUUCAGUCUCAUUUUUGGGAUGGCCUGUGCACUCGAAACUCUCUCUGGGCAAGCAUAUGGAGCUCAGCAGUAUCGACUGCUAGGACUACAUAUAAGCACUGCCAUCUUCUCUCUAAUGCUAAUUUGUCUUCCUCUGUCUCUUGUGUGGAUAUAUAUGGAGAAAAUACUAGUGUUGUUAGGCCAAGACCCUCUGAUUUCGCAUGAAGCGGGUAACUUUGCAAGGAUGCUUUUACCUGCACUGUUUGCUUAUGCAGCUCUUCAGCCACUUUGUAAAUAUCUCCAGACACAAAGCUUGAUCGUUCCCUUGCUUUUAAGCUCUUGCGCCUGUGUGUGCUUCCAUAUACUUGUCUGCUGGGUCUUGGUGUUCAAGUCUGGCCUAGGAAACCUGGGGGCAGCUUUAGCCAUUGGUAUGUCUUAUUGGUUGAAUGUGGUUCUACUCGUACUAUAUGUAAAGUACUCCAGCACCUGUGCACAUACCAGGGUUCAAAUUUCCUAUGAAAUAUUUCAAGGCAUUGAAGACUUCUUACGUUUUGCUAUUCCGUCUGCUAUAAUGAUUUGCCUAGAAUGGUGGUCAUUUGAGAUCCUUACCUUGCUUGCUGGUUUUCUACCGAAUCCACAGCUUGAAACUUCAGUUUUAUCAGUUUGUUUGUCAACUAUCUCAUCACUGUAUACAAUUCCAGAAGCACUAGGUGCCGCAGUAAGUACUAGAGUGUCAAAUGAACUAGGAGCUGGAAACCCACAAGCAGCUAGUGUAGCAGUUGUUGCUUCGAUGUUUCUUACCGUCUCCAGUUCAGUCAUUAUAAGCUCAACAGUCUUUGCCAGUCAAUCUGUUUUUGGCUACAUUUUCAGCCGUGAGAAGGAAGUUGUGGAAUAUGUCACUGCCAUUGCUCCUUUGCUUUGUCUGUCAGUUAUAGCAGACAGCUUACACGCAGUUCUUUCUGGUAUCGCUAGGGGAUCCGGCUGGCAGAACUUGGCAGUGUAUGUCAACCUAGGAGCUUAUUAUCUUGUUGGGAUUCCUGUGGCUGCUACGUUGGGUUUCUGGUUCGACUUCAGAGGAAAAGGCCUUUGGAUUGGAAUACUAGUCGGUUCUUUUCUGCAAGCAGUUUUUUAUUCUAUCAUAACAAGUUGUACAAACUGGGAAGAAAAGGCAAAGAAGGCGAGGGAGAGAAUAUUAGAGGAAGCAGCUUUAGUAAGAUAGCAGCAUUUCCAUUAUGUUCACAG